UCCUUUUUAUUAUUUCUGUGUUUCUUUGAGUCUCCCCAAUAAUUGUUUUCUUUUGUAGCUUGCGGUGAAGAGGAGGAUAAUAGCGGUAAUUAAAGGUUUAGUGAUUAUAUGAAAAAGUAUAUUUAUAAGGCGUGUAUUCGUGGGAGUGAUUUAAAAGUCUUGAAACAUUUCUUAUAAAUAGUCUUACUUAUUUCAACUGUGGUUUUCUCUAAUCAGUGGUAAUACGAAUAAUAGGAUUACAUCAUGUUGCGUCAGCCUACCAGUAACUCAUAAGGUGUCAUUCCCUAGCUUAUAAAAUAUGUUAGUAAUUUAGAAUUCAAUUAUUAACUUCAACUAAUGUCCAGCCUAUAUGCUCACCUUGCUAGCCAAUUAUUCCUGCAUUUUUAUUUAAACUCACGGUUCAGUAAAAUUAUUUGUGAAAGAAGAGAGAGAGAGAACUAGCUAAGGUUCCAAUAACUUCAGAGGCCUGUGGGUGUUGAGGGAGAGAGCACAGAAUGGCGUCUCCCUUCCCUCUGGCAACAGAAUGGCGUCUCCCUUCCCUCUGGCAACAGAAUGGCGUCUCCCUUCCCUCUGGCAACAGAUAAAAUUGCUGGUGUUGGUCCCACGUGGAAACAGGCCACAGAGUCUUGGGAAAGUGUUAGCCAUGUAAUGUUUCUUUAGUCAAAUAUAGUCUACUGUGAAUGUGUUGUGGGCAAUAUUAUUGCCGUAGAGAAGUGAUGGAUGAAGGCUGUGACGCUAUUUAGGGAUAUAACGGUGCCCAGAAUCAAUGGUACUCUUGAGGAGUUAUAAAAGUAAUUAUUUUCUUGUGUAUUCGUAGUGUUAAGUAACGGAGUAUAAGUGUAUAUGCCAUACCAGAAUUUCAAGUGCCUUUUCUUUUUUUUUCUAGAUUAACCACUCGAUAAAGUGUCAUAGUGGGUCAGUCAACCCAAAGAAUCCCAUCAGUAUUAUUCAUUUAAUUAUUUUUGCUAUUUUUAUAUUUUUCGUUCCUCCUAAUAAAGCCACACUGUAGGUACUGUGUGAUAAUUAACCUCUCCCUACCCUCUGGCCAUGACGAUGAAGGCGAGAACCAUUACCAAUCAAAAAUGUUUUCUUUUUUUCUAUUGUGUGUGCGUGCUUCACCUCUUCUCUCUUCCUCUUCUUUUUUCUUCUUCACCGUGAAGAUCUUUGCCUCGUCUCAUUAGAGCUUUGAUCGGACCGGUGAGGAGGAGGGAGGAGGGGGGGGUGGCGUUACACACACAAAGGAAGUUAACAACAUUUCUACAUUAAUAACAGGAGAUACACCAUUGAAAACCCUGAUAAUCAUCUUUAUAGCUUUGAAAAACAGUCGUGAGGAGAGAGAGAGAGAGAGAGAGAGAGUAUGAGCAUUUCAGUUGAGCCUAUUCUGCCCUGGUUUGUGUUUGCUGCGGUGACACGGUGCCGCACUGAGUGAAGAUUGCGUUCAUAAUCACUUAUUUGGGGUGGAGUGGGGAAAGGAGAGUCAGGAAGUGAGGAUAUUUAUAUUAUUUGACAUAUUAUUUGAUAACAUGUCAACUUUUGUGUGUGUGUGUGUGUGUGUGUGUGCGCGGGGGUGGGUGUUGGAUCAGUGACAGGUGGCGCUGCUGGGGAGUUACCACUGCGAGCGGCUGGCUGGCUGCAGUGUUUUGGUCAGCACUGGUCAGUCUUGCCCCACACGCUCUAUUAACCAGUGUUUCCGUCUUCCCGACACCUUCUUCCUGCACCAAGCACCGUCAAGCAUCACCAGAGAGGCACGAGUACGUAAGCUAUCCAACAUCAGAACAGUAUAUGAAUAUGGCAAAUGCUGUUUUGACAUCAUUUCCUGCCAUCCUGAGAAACAGUGAUCUCGAGGAGCAUGAAAUGCAGCUGCAAUGGAAAUUGCGCAUCCAGUGCAAGUUUCAGAAUUCAAGAAAGAGGCAGGAUUCCUCAGUGACUGAGGUGACGUCAAGGAAAAAGAAGAUCCCUUGCAUAGCGCCAAAAGAGACUACAUGUCCACUGAUGUAUGGAGUAAAGGCUAACCUUCCACCAAGGCUUCAUUCAGAAGAUGAUGAGUCAUUAGAGAGACAUAGACAGUGGCUUGCUCUACACUGGAUGAAGAAAGAUCCCGAGUUAGAUAAGGCUGAACGCCUCAUGCAGUUGACACUCUCUGAGAGAUGCAAAAAAAUAAUCAAUGGGAACAUUCUUGUAGCAGAAAUCCUGAACUUGUACCCAUGGAUUCAGACUUUUGAUGGUAUAAUCAAGGAGUUCCUGAGAUUAGAACCACAAGCGGAUGAACCAGACCCAAGAGUAGCAGUUUUGAAAGGGCUGGAGAAAUAUAGGCUCCCAAUAACUGCCAUUCUCAAAAAAAGAAAAGCAGUUCCUCUGUAUAUGGAAACCUUACUUGAACUCUAUGACCAUGAUGAAAGUCAAUAUGCUUGCUUAGUUAUAUUGGGGUUACUUCACCUGCUUGGAGAAAGGAAAGAUUCCAUUUUUACUAAGGUACCAGAAGAAGAACUAAGAACAGGGCAGUCUAGUGUGUAUUUGAUGGUGCACCUGUAGCUGAACCAACAUGUAUUUCUAUGGCUGUAGUCUCAUUGGUAGCAGGGCUUUGUGUUUAAUAUUGAACACCCAAAAAAUUGUGAACAUUUCCUCCGUUUCACAACAUCCCAUCUCUUAGGUAUCAAGUAUGACAAAGGUAACACUUCAAAAAGAAGAUCUCUACUUGUAAAACUCAAUGAAGUAAAGACAGAAUUGAGCUACAAAAAUGCGUAAAUCUGCUUCCAAAUAUAUUCAACUCCACACAUAAUGCCUCUCUCUCUCUCUCUCUCUCUCUCUCUCUCUCUCUCUCUCUCUCUCUCUCUCUCUCUCUCUCUCUCUCUCUCUCUCUCUCUCUCUCUCUCUCUCUCUCUCUCUCUCUCUGUCACAUAUACACACACACACACACACACACACACACACACAGUAGUCAAUUACUAGUUAAUGAUUAAACAGUGAAAUAAAUACAUAACAUUGUUAAUAAGUUUUCUAAAAGGAAAAGGAAAUACUUGUACUUCCCCUUCCCCCACCCAGUAUUCAUGAAAUCUUACUGAAUUGUUAUCUUGUGUUAUAUAUAUAUAUAUAUAUAUAU